GCAUUGAAUAUUGCGAUCCGCUGAACACAGUUAAUCAAGUAUUUAUCCUCACACAAUCAUCUCAAGAUUAAUGAGGAGAGCAGACAAUAGAAACAUAAAGAUACCAGCGAAGACUAUGCCACAAACCUCCACCGUUGCCGGUAAGCGCAAGGAUCGCUCAGAGAAAGCCGCCGAUGUAGACACGCAGAUGACGGAUGCAAACCCAAACCCAACACAAAAGCGUCAGCGGACUCAGAAAACUCAGACGACCGCUGCCGCAUCGGGGCAGAAAGGGGCCAAGCAGAAAGCCUUUAAAACCCAGACGAAAGAGAACAGGAAGAUCACAUUACAGAAACUGCGUGCGAAGGCCAAGGCCGAUGGCUCCAACACGACUGCAGCCACCACGAAGAAAGGGAAGUCGAAUGAUACGAAAGUAAACGCAUUGGCAGAUGCGCAAAUGUCCGAGAAGACCACUCGACCAGGCAGGAGACAACGGGCAGCCGCUAAAGCCGAAGCGGCGAAGAAAGCGGGAGACCAGCAAUUAUGAAUCAAACCUCAGGAUAUGUACCCAAUGUUUAUAACAAAAGACCUACUAACUUUUCAUCGCUGAGGCUGAAGGGGCCACUACUUGUGAACACCUUCGGUUGUGAAUUGAGGUCGACCCACAUACAGCACAGACCAUCAUCAGGGCUCGUGUGUAGGGUGUGAGUUCGAUAUACGUAUACGUAUAUGUAUGCACAACCGUCAGUGACAACGGUGGGCCAGAGACAAGCCGACAACCGGGCUGCGAGUAGUGGCAGUAUAAGGAGAAGUAGAAGCAGAAGCCAGAUGAGAAUGAAAUCAAAUUGAAGGGAAUCGGAUACUUGGCUUUAUUUUAUACUACAUACCGGCAUGCAUUCUUUCAAGUAUUAUGCUCGAAGGCAAUUCCCAGGGCGUGAAAGAUGAAUAUUGAUAAAUGGGGUGAAUCAAUUAUCGAACACCGAUUGCGCACAUUGCGAGGAAAUACC